AUGCCAAAAUCCAGCAAGCGAACCGUUUGCCAUGUGCUUUUAGCGAGUGUAGUGUUCUUCCUUUGCACGCGGCUGUCCGUUGCUCAGGAGUGUAUAACCGAGUUUGAUAAGAUCAAAUUGUGUUUUGAGGAGAAUUACGAGAUUCUUCCUGGACCACCGAUCAACAUUGCCGCGAGUAACAUCACUGGGUUCUCGGCUAUGAUAUCCUGGGACAAGCCAGCGAGGCUGCGCUGCAAUAACGUCAGCGCCGACAUCCUGCAGUGCUUCGAGGAGGGACUCGACAUACUGCCGAAGGCGGCCGAGCGCGUUCGCGUCGAAGAGCUCAACUCACCUGGCUGCAGCUGGCGUGGAACCCUGCGCGGGACAGCCCGGAACAUCACCCAGUACAACGUGUUCCAUUACCAUGGCAACUCGGCCACGCAGCCGGACAGUGGCGCCUUCAUGUACGUGACGAUUCCGCCGGUCACCACGUCGUACAUGUUUACGGGGUUGCAGCCGGGACAGAUGUACGUGCUGCACGUACAGUCCAUGAACGCACACGGCACGAGCCUACCGUCGUACGCUCUGGAGGUUUGGACGCCGCCGUUGGAGGACAGUGACCACAAUCUAUCGCCCAGGCGGCUGCAGUUAAUCGAUGCUGGCGUUGGUAAUUUGACAGUGACAUGGCAGCCACCCAUCAAGCAACUACCUGUCCACUACAUCGUCCGCUACAAGCAAGUUAGUCUUCAGCCUUCUAGUAACGUCUCCGCGUUGAACGACACCGCCUGGUAUCAAGUGAAGCUAGCCGGUUACAGAACGAACCUGACCAUCGACAAUCUCGACCAGGACACCAAGUACGACAUAUACGUAUCAGCGAUAAAUUCCGAACAGCGCGUAGCCGAUUCGCCGCACAUUCUGUCCCGUACGAUAGCCAAGAAAUCACCGCGCGUGCGAAUCGUCGCCAUCUUGCAAACAGGAGCGAGUGUUCAGCGACAAUCCGGGUUCGGUGCUGCAAGUGGCCGAGUACACUCGCGUCGAGCUGCGUUGUCGUAGUUGGGCGAC